GCAACACUAGACACCAAUAUGGCGGCCACCGUUGCAGUUUGUGCGAAUUGUUAAUACGGGAUUACAAAUCGAGCGCGCACAGAUGAUGGAGAGCCUAUGAUGAGGAAGUCGUAAAAGACAGCUGAGUAGUUACAGAAAGGAGCUCGUUAACAGGAGGUUCCAGGUUCAAUCCCAGCUAAGCCACUGACUCGUGUGGCCCCGAGCAAGUCACUGAACCGCCUUGUUCUCUGUCCUUCGGAUGAGACGUGAAACCGAGGUCCUAUUCUCCAGUCUGCAGCAUGGAGUCAAAUGGAGACACGGAGUCUGAGCUUUCAGCACUUCGGUUAAAAGUAGAGACUCUGGAGGGUGAGCUGAAGGCUUGCAAAAGUGAGCUCCACACGCUGCAGAAGCAAUUGAAUCAGACGGAGCGGAUCUGUAAAAACACAGAGAGCUACAAUGAGGACUUACGAAAACAGGUAGAUAAACUCAGUAAGGAAAUUCAUGACCGUAAGAAGAGAGAAAAAAACAAAGCAGAUGCAGAAGUUCAAACAGAAGAUUCAUCUUCAUGUGCUCAAUCAGAUUAUUACCACUACUAUGAAAGUUAUUAUCAAAGCACAAAUACGGAUGAUACAGAGCCCAGUCCGCAGACGCAUGGACACUUUGAAUCUGAUGCACAGAAUCCAGGCUGUGUAGAUGGUUUCCAGCACUCUGCUACAGAGGGAGGUCUUGAAGAAGCCAACGUACGCAAUAGUGAGGGCACAGUUCUGAACCAGGAGGAGUCAGACGGCACCUCCAUUGCAGAUCUUUUGAGAGCCACAGCUGAAGCAGUAGUGUCACAGACUGGAUUUGUCUUUGAUGAAAAUUCAGGGAUGUAUUAUGAUCACAGCACAGGCUUCUACUACGACUCGUCAAGUCAGCUGUAUUACGACGCCAACACAGGAAUGUAUUAUUACUACGACAGUGAGAGCGGCCGGUAUCAGUUUCACUCUCGAGUGGAUGUGCAGGCCUAUCCAGCUAACAACGACCCGAGCCAGGACAAGAAGGGAAAAAAGAGAAGAAAAGGGGCAAAAAAAACAGCAACACUAGAGGACAAGGACCACAAAGCAGACCAUCAAAAGGCACCUGGUUCUUCUCGAGAAGAAGCUACUGAUGAAAAGAAGUGUGAACAGAAGCGAAAGAGAGCCAUGAUGGAUUCUGGAACUAAGCUGGAGACUGUCAGGUCUGCGGCCACUGUAGAGGACGAUGUUGAAAUGGCAGCAUUCUCCAAGGAAAAUGUACAGAGAGACAAUGUGAACAGCGAAAGUGAGCCAGAAGAGGGAGAAAUCACAGAGUCUGAAAAAGAGGAUGGUUCUGCUGUUGAGACGACAGGCAGUGAAAGCAGUGAGCUGGAGGAAGAGGAAGACUCAGAAGAAGCAUGGCCUCCAUGUGUCAGGGUGAUUGUGGUUCGCUCCCCAGUGCUGCAGACAGGAACACUCUUUAUUAUCACUGCAGAUAAUCCUGCUUCCAUUGGGAGGGAGAAGGACAUGCAGCAUGCAAUACGAAUACCUGAACUUGGUGUUAGUAAGUUCCAUGCUGAAGUAUACUUUGACGUAGAGUUACAAAGCUAUGUACUGGUAGACCAGGGGAGCCAGAAUGGUACAGUCGUCAAUGGAAACAGAAUUUUACAGCCCAAAACUAAAUGUGACCCGUGCAUAUUGGAACACGGGGAUGAAAUAAAGAUGGGAGAAACAGUCUUAUCUUUUCACAUCCACACUGGCAAUGACACGUGUGAUGGGUGUGAGCCCGGUCAGGUUCUAGCACACCUGAGGCUUAACAAGAAGGAAGAAUGGUCUGGACCAGUGCUAAACAAAGAAGAGAAGGAGGUACUGCGACAGAAAGAGCUUAAACACAUUAAAGUCAAGUAUGGACUGAAAAACAGUGAUUAUGAAGGUGCUAAAGCUCUGAAAAACUCAAAGUACAAAGACCGGGCACAGAAAAGAAGACAGACGGUCGGCAGCGAAGGGACUUUUCAAAGGGAUGAUGCUCCGGCUUCAGUUAACGUUGAAAUCGACAAUAGUAACAAAGGACGGAAAAUGCUUGAGAAGAUGGGAUGGAAGAAAGGGGAUGGAUUGGGCAAGGAUGGUUUAGGAAGGAAGGAACCAGUGCAGCUGAAAAUCCGGAAGUCCCAGGCUGGUCUGGGCACCAAUGCUUCAUUGUCUGUGGAAGAAGCUCUAACCCUCAAAACCAAGAACCAGCAGAACUGGGAGAAGGCCAGGGAGAGGUUUGCAGACACAUGCCAAACUAUUGGUACCAAGAAGAAAGAAAAACCCAAAGUGAAAUCCUGGGUGCGAAGUGAAGCAGUAUAGAAAAGCCAGGUCCUACGAUGGACUGGUAUAGAUUAUUUUUUAAGCAAGUUGCUUUUAUCUUUUUUUUUUUUUUUGUUAUAUUUUCAAAUAAGCCUUCCAAUAAGUAGCAGUAAAAGGAAAGUGGACAUGCACUGAUUGUGUUCUGAGUGUGAUAGUGUUACAUGUUGGUAUCUAACAGUGCAGUAUCAGCCUGUGCUUGAGAUCAUUUUCAUUGUGUGUAGAUGCUCCUUACAUUUAUUUUCACAUUUGUAUUAAAAAUCAGUGGAAUAAUUAGAACCUGAAAUAAGUAUGUUAUAAUAUCAAAUGUAAGUGGUAAAAUAUACUAAAACACCCAUACUCAGUUUCCCAAUGACAGACAAUAAAUCAGUAAUAUAUUAGCAUUUGAAUGCAGUGCUCAAUGGAAGUAAAAUAAUGCUAAUGGUGCAACAUCAGUGCCACGUCAUGUAACAGUGACGCACUGUGUUACUAUGACUGAGGCCAAUGGAGGAUCUCAAUUCAAACAUUACAGAUGGUGUGUUGAUUAUCAAUCAUCCUAUACAGUCAAACCCGUAUAGAAUGUCUGCUUGUCCCGGCAGAUUCCAUUUUGUAUAGCUCUUUUGCUGCAGGAGGAUGGCCCAGUAAAUCAUAAAUCGUAUCCCACACAGUUAUUCAGUAUCCUCUACACACCAACAUAUUUACUGUACUGCUAGCACUAGUGAAGAAUGGACAUGUAUGCAGAAGCAGCACUGCUCCCUGUAAUCGCAUGGAGCGCACCACUGCUACUGCACUGUUUCAAUGUAGGAGGUUAUAACCAGUUAAAACAGCAGUGUCAGCUGCCAAACCUUCUCAAUCCUCCAAAUCUAAAUAUCAAAGGUUACUUUUAUGGUCAAGGUCCUACUUGCAGUUUCAGGAUACACAAUAUUAAAAUGACCAAGAAAAAAAAAUACAAGGUGUUUAUUUCAAACAUUAGUUUAUUAAUGAUAGCUUAAUUAGUUAAUAUCAAUACAUUAAUCCAUUGUACUUACC